CCGCGCGCGUGAGCCGCGUCCCGUCCGUCCGUCCGCUCCUCCUCCUCCUCCUCCUCCUCCUCCUCCUCGUCUGCCUCCGCUGCCCGCUCCCGCCUUCCCAUGUGGUGCCUCAGCACCGGCAGCGCCUCGGGUGUACACAGAUCCUGGACUUUAAUUGAGUAACCUGUAUCCUGCUGACCAAGAAACCAGAUUCAAAUUUUUGUUUUUAGUAGUGGUUUAUUUUUUCCCUUCCUCGUUGGAAGAGCUCAGCAGUGGCUCCCUGUUCAUGUCAAUGACAGUGUGCUGCUAAUGGGUGUAAGUAAAUUAGAUGUCUUGUACCGAAAACUUCUCCUCACUAAACUUUUCAUCAGAGGAUGGGGAAAACCAGAGGAUCUGAAAAGAAUAUUUGAAUUCAGAAAGAUUAUUGGGAACAGGGAAAAAUGCCAGAAGCUUGUUUCAAAAGAUUACCCAGUGUUCAUUGACAAGGUUGAGGGACAAUCAGACUGUAAAAUCCUUGAGGGGCACUUCAUUUCUCCCUUGGCUCAUUGUGUCCCAGGUAUCCUGCCAGUCGAAUCUCUUGUAGCAAGAUUUCAGUUCAUCAUACCCAGAAGAUGGAAUGGCAAGCACAGACCUGUGUGCAUUCAUUUAGCAGGCACUGGAGACCAUCACUUUUGGAGGAGACGCACAUUAAUGGCACGGCCAAUGAUUAAAGAAGCUUGUAUGGCUUCCCUGUUGCUAGAAAAUCCUUACUAUGGCUGUAGAAAACCUAAGGAUCAACUACGGUCAUGUUUAAAAAAUGUCUCGGACCUGUUUGUGAUGGGAGGAGCUCUAAUUCUAGAAUCGGCAGCUCUUUUGCACUGGCUAGAGAGAGAAGGCUAUGGACCACUAGGGAUGACUGGAAUAUCCAUGGGAGGACAUAUGGCUUCACUGGCAGUGACAAACUGGCCUAAACCAUUGCCAUUGAUUCCAUGUCUUUCCUGGUCAACAGCCUCUGCAGUCUUCACUACGGGUGUGCUGAGUAAGGCGGUGAACUGGAGAGAGCUGGAGAAACAGUAUUUUACACAAACUGUGUAUGAAGAAGAAAUCAUUCAAAUGCUUGAAUAUUGUGGAACGGAUUCUUUCAAGAUGGGACAAGACUUUGUGAAGAACUUCCCUGACAGUGUGGAGAGUCUGGCGGACAUGGACAUGGCUUCCAGAAUAUUCAGCUUUGAGUCCUUGAAUGAUACUGUAUCUAAGGAAUCUGUUCACAGCUUUGCCACAAAUAGAAGUGCUCUAAGUGCCUCCUCAGAAAGACUCUUAAUGCAAGAUGCUCCUAAAAUGCAGUGCAUAAAUCAAACCUUUUCCACCAGUAGCACUAGCAAUAAAGACUUAAGCAGCCCACAGGGACACAGGAUAAAUACAAGAAGGAGUGAUACUUUGCAGAGAGAAUCCUUAAUGUUCAUGAAGGGAGUAAUGGAUGAAUGUACCCAUGUAGCUAACUUCCCAGUUCCAGUUGACCCAAGUUUAAUCAUAGUAGUACAAGCCAAGGAGGAUGCCUACAUUCCUCGCACUGGCGUACGCAGCCUGCAGGAGAUCUGGCCGGGGUGUGAAAUCAGGUAUCUGGAUGGAGGUCAUGUCAGUGCCUACCUCUUUAAACAAGGACUCUUCAGACAAGCAAUUUAUGAUGCGUUUGACCGCUUCCUCCAGAAAUACACCAUGUGAUCUUUCUAAUGCAUUCAAACUGAUCUCAUUUGUAAUUCAGCUUACUGGAACUCAUGUUUGGAAAACAAGCCUCUUGUAGUGUUGAGCAGAUGGUCACUGACUGUUGUAGGUAACAAUUACCAGAAGUGAUAAAGUACCAGCAUUGUUUUCAUUUCAACCCAGUGCCAUUCUGACAGCUGCUUCGGCGUUACCUAUGAAAAAACAACAGCUUUUGUCAGUGCAUGAGUGGUUCAUGUACUUCAUGUCUAAUCAGAUGGUGUGUUCCUUAAGUUCUGAAUAAAUUCUGAAUUGUGUGUCAGUAGAAAACGGAUCAAUCAAGUAUUGGAAGAAUGUAAAAUGUACCGUGGAGCUAAGCUGCUCUCUUGUGUUUGGUGUAGUUUUGGUUUGUUCCAGAUACCUCGGUUACCUCUUGCUUCCUCAUGGCCUUGCUGUUCCUUUUGUGUUGUACUGUGGCUUUGCCAGCACUCAGCCUCUUAUGUUUGUCACUGCUUUUGUCUUCAAUUAUGAAUUGAAAAUGAGCCUUAGCAGAAGGCUCAGCACCACAUCUUGGAAAGAGAGACUUUGACAAUGUAAGGAAAAGUGAGAGAGAGAUGUUUUAAUUCAAUAUGUCUGUGAAGUUUUCCUUCCACUAAAUUAAACCAUGCCAUUACAGAGGAAUCAUGUAGCAAUUCAUCAACCAGGUUCACAAAACUGGAGUAAGUGAAAAUCAAGUGUCUGGUAAUUAAUUGUUUACAUUAAUUCAGUUGGAUAACAUAAGUUUCCAGAUUUAUUUUCUUUUUUUGGAUUGAUAGAUGAAAUAGAAAUAUCAUUUUACUUUCUAAGCACUGGCUGAUUCUAAGCAGUUAAAUUGACAGCAGAUUAUAUGGUGCUAUAAAGACUUGUUGGAAAUACUUCAACAGAUGUCCUUUCUAAAGUGCACUCAAUGCUGAUAUGCAAAAUACACUUGCACUGUAUAAUUUAAAAGAUACGUGAGACUAAAGGUUAUUGAAACAGUUAGGUUUGCUCCUUAUUUUUCAACACUUGUCUUUUUUAAUUGGAUGGAAAAUAAAGAAACUUGGAUUUUGAGCACAUUUUAGAAAAUCCAAAGUCUGUUGUUUCCUCUUUUGGGAUCAAAAAUGCCAACAAAUUAUAGCAGAAUAAAAGGUUGUCAUGUAUCAACUGUGUGGGUAUCUCCCCACAUUUUCUUUUUGUUGUUGUUGUAAUCUCCCAUAACAUUCUUUCAAAACUGAUCUGCAGAGAAGUUGAAAACUGAAACACUUCAGUAUUUGGUACAGUCAUGACCAGGAUUAUUCUGAAACAAACAUCCAGCCAUUUCUCAGGAUGUGUCACUUCUGCACCUUUCCAAUCAAGCACUUUUGAUCUCCGUGGUUAUUGUAAAGGUUUUUAGUGGGCAGAGUAUGGAGUAAACAAAGCUCAGUUUAUAUAUUCUCUUGGAUUUUAGUCAGGUAGACAGGACUAGUAACUGUGAAGAAAUCACUGUUCAUUUGAAAAUCAGGUGUGUUCAGAUAAAACUGAAGAGCAACAAUUUUAAAUAACUGAAAUGACGUAACAUACAAAUUUUACUGAAAAUGCAGAAGAGGUUCUAGUCUGAUGGAAGUUAAAUUGCUUCCUUCAGAUGGUUUUUCAUAGUUUUUUUGGAGAAUGUUGGUUCUAUAUAUGGGGAGCGGGAGCAAGUGUGAAGUGACUAGCACAUUUAAACAACAAACAUUUGGAGGAUUUGAAAUUAAAUACUAGCAAGCUUACAAAUUUAAAAUUAAAGUCUUGACUUCAGUUUUAAAUUGAAGAUUCACAGGGUUUACAAGCAUUUUCAUCAACUACAAGUGCUUUACUACAGCACUGUCUGCUGUUCAGCAGCUUUUGUAGCUCUCACAUUUUAAAUGUAAUUGUGUGCUUUGUGUCCUGCUUCUGUUGCAGCUAUGAGAAAGGGAGAUAACUGGUGGCAGGAGAAAGGGCUUGAAUACAUGCAAGAGAGAAAAGACAGAUUUUGUAAAGGCUAGGAGUAAGCACAAAAAAAAUCAACUCUGCUACAAAGUAUAACAUGCCAAAGUAAAUAUUUUCAAAGCGCACAAUACUGGGAAUUACAUAACUGAUGGGAACUCUGCAUCCUGAGGUUAGUGUUCUGAUGGUAUUACUAACAAGGUUUAACUUACCAAAAGGGCACAGAAGGAGGUUUAGGCUAAUACCACUCCUGCUGUGAGAGUGUCUUUUGGGACAAAUGCUGCUCCUGGUUCUGAGAGUGUUUUUUGGGACAAGCAGUGAAGGACUGGCAGGUCUUUCAAAUUUGACAAAUUUGUCUUUCAAGUCUGACAAAUUUCUGACAAGAAUAAGGAACUACACCUUGCUCUGCAACUGAAGUCGUGUUGCCAAAUAUGAAAGCCCAGUAAGCAUUAUUUAAGAAAUUUCUCAGGUUAGCAUAACAAAAAAAAAAGGAAAAAUUAGCUCAGUGGUCUAUUUCUGCCAGUUAUCAGACAUAGGGAGAUGGUCUGGGGGGAAUGUUGCUGUGUGUGUGUUUUUAACCCUUGGGAAAUCAACUUUUUAAAUCAUAUUUUAAGGUUAAAUCCUAAAAAGUAUAAAUAAUCCAUUUUGAUGUUAAAUGAGAAUGUGGUUUUAAUCCAGGAGUUGCAUGAAAGAAAUAUUGUAACAAGGUUUCCUCUGUAUAGCAGGUAAGCUAUUUUGUCUGUCUUAAAUUUAUUGUAAAACUGAUCUUGGUAAUUUUUUGGUUUUAAUUUUUUUUCAAUAAAAGUCCUAAAAACA